GAAUUAUUUUCAUUUCCUUUCCGUGUAUGUUAUUUUUUUCUAACAGAUUCUUUGUUUUUCUUUCUAAUGACAAUCACUCAGUUCAGUUCAGAAUUCAUAGGGAAGUUGCAACGAAGUCCAAAAAACUUGCAUGCUUUGUGAAGUGGACAAAACAAAGCCAGAUUCUGUAUGAGGGGUACCCCCUAGCCCUACCUUUUUGUGUCCCACCAUCUAUUGUUGAGUUAGUUUAAUUUUUUGUGGACGUGUUAUCACAGAUAUAAACAGCAACAACAUGGGGAUUAAUAAUCUAGAAGCUAUCAAGCAGUUACAGUCCCUUAUGGAAAACUUGGAUGAGCAACAGAAGAAAACAUUCCAGAAUAUGCACCAGGGCUAUCCAACAGAAACAUUAGAACGAUUUCUCAAAGCAAGGGACGGGAUUGUUGUCAAGGCACAUAAAAUGUUAGUUGAUUGUUUACGAUGGAGAGUGGAAAAUGAGAUUGACAAUGUUUUAGCGAAACCUAUACACCCUGAUUUGUACAGACGUUUGCGAGAUUCUCAACUUAUAGGAAUGUCUGGUUUCUCAAAGGAGGGCCUACCUGUCAUUGCUGUUGGUGUUGGGCUCAGCACAUUUGAUGAAGUUUUUGACAAAUACUAUAUACAGUCGCACAUCCAAAUGAAUGAAUACAGGGAUCGAGUGAUCUUGCCAACAACCACAAAGGAUCAUGGGCGACACAUUGAUACAUGUGUGAAAGUGUUGGAUAUGACUGGUUUAAAAUUCUCUGCACUGAACCAAUUGAAACUUUUGACUGCUAUAUCAACAGUAGAUGACUUGAACUACCCAGAAAAGACAGACGCAUAUUAUAUUGUUAAUGUUCCAUAUGUAUUCUCAGCAUGUUGGAAGGUUGUAAAGCCUCUUUUGCAAGAAAGAACAAGGAGGAAAGUCCACGUGCUGAAAGGUUGUGGCAUGGAGGAAUUGCUGAAGGUAAUGGACUAUGCAUCCCUCCCACAUUUUUGCAGAAAGGAGGAUUCCAGGGUACCCCGACAUCUUGUAGCUGAAAAAACCGAAAAUUGUUUCUCAGUUAAUCAUGUCUUCCAUAGACAACUCUACAAUUACAUCAACCAGCAAGCUAUAUUAAUGGAGUCCACAUCACCAAUCAGACAGGAUUCUUUCCAUGUAGACUUACCAGAGCCAGACCCAGAUGAUGCCAAAAUCGCCAAGACUAUAGAAAAUGAGUUCCACAAACUGGAAAUUCAGAGUGGCCUUACCAACUAACAAAAUAGUGCUGCAGUUCAUGCUGCAUCAUGAUCAGUACAACCUGGAGAAUCCUGAUUAUACUUUUUUGGUGGAGCCAAGCUUAAUUGUUGAGUACAUCAAGUUCUUUAUAAACCACCUGGAAUGAUGGUCAUGUAACAUUGGUUUACUGUCGGAACAUAAAAGUUACACUUCUUCCGUUAAUUAACACUAUUUAUACAAAAUGUACAUCUGUGUUCAGAACCGUGUCUGAGACAUUGUUACACAAUAUACCAUUCAUCAGGGUUACCAUAAUAAAAGUUGAAGAAAGUAUUUUUCCUCAA